CUCUCAGUGUUUUCACUUCUCCACCAUCGUUCCCAGCUCGCCUCACUGCUGUUUACGCUCUGCCAAAGCCUCAUGGGAGCUGGAGUUUCAGGUAGAUUCUACAAAACAGGUUUUAUCUUUGCAGGAGGAAGAGUGAAUGUUUACAGUACACACACACUCACACACACACUCAGAGCAGGAUGUGCUGUGUGCUGUACCAACAUCCUGAGGGUGGAAUGAGUCAGCGCUGCUCAGAUGAUUGACAGCUGGAGGGAGGUGUGUGUGUUGGUACGAGCUGCUCGGCCUCUCACACACUGUGAAACAGACGGACGUCGUGUUGAAUCCGUGGAAACCGAGCCGCCGCGAACAUGGACGUUCUGCAGAGACUCCGAACUGUUUCCUUGUUAACAGUGUUCUGCUGCAGCUCGAUGACCAGACCAGAGAUGACGUUGAGCUGUGACCGGGAGGACUUCGCCCAGCGGCUGCAGUGCUAUGGCGGCGUGAUCAUUGUACACAACGUGUCAGCGAGUCACAGACAGUCGGAGGCUUGCGUUGAUGGCAUCCCUCCAAAUCAUCUGCAAACGCCGCUCUGCUCCACCACCCCCCUCCUCAACAUCGUCAGGAAGAGGUGUACUGGUCAGUACAGGUGUGUGGUGCCAUUGGAAUUGUGUCACUCAGUGAGCCCCUGUAUGAGCAGGUGUGUUUGGAUGGGGACCACGUACACCUGUGAGCCUGGGAGGAUCCAUCAUGUGUGUCAGAAAGACAAGGCUACGCUCGACUGUGGAUCUGAGGUGAUCAGAGUGUUAAUGGCAAACUACGGCAGGACCAGUAAGAGGGUGUGUGGGUACAGCGCCCCCCGCAGUCAGCCACCCAGCACCUCCUGCAGAUACCCAAACACACUGCAGGUGAUGGCCAGCAGAUGUGAUGGAAAACACAGAUGUUCAGUUCGAGCCUCAAACCUGAUCUUCUCUAAUCCCUGUCCUGGGACCCGCAAAUACCUGCAGUACUCCUUCACUUGUGUGGAUCCUGGUACCUGAUCCUCGUCUAUGUGUCUGUCACAGGGACAGAGUCUGAGUCCAGUUCUGAAGACACACGUCCUGUUUUUCUUUCACUCAGCACAGUAACACAACUCAUAACAAAAGAUGAAACUUCAAACGCUGACAGAAACUAUCAGACGCAGAGCGUGGAGGUUCUGUCCUGUUGUUGUCGGUUCAGCAGAUGUGGAAUAAAAGCUGAAAGUUCUGGA